UUAUGCCUGACCAUAAAAUGAUAAGACGUAGACUACCAUAUUUAUUUGACCAAUAGGGAUGCGUGCCACGUGGCAAUCCAUGCGCCAUUGCUUUAUCUUUCAGUGCGGCGUGGUUAGUUCAAUUCCGGCAUCUUCCUUUUCCAACCUGCGGGGCUCAACUCUACACCAAGUUUAUUCAGUGCAACCGCAAAGUCAUGCCAUGGUUAAUUGAAAACUUCAAAUUUUGAUCUAGCUUUGUAUCCCAAGUCACAGUGCAAGCUUCAUCCUUCUACCUUAUGUUGCUUUGCAUCACAUAGUGGAGAGACAACCAGAAAAAUCCAAACAGUGGAUUUAAAAAUUCAGCAGUUUCACAGUUGAUUGUGGAACAGAAUUUGACAAUCGGAAAGUAGAAGGACAAAACUCUGCACCUGUCAGCCAACAAUGAGAGACAUGAUAUCAUGAUUAAGAGCCCAAAAGAAGCAGAUUUCCCAUUAAAACAAGAGGGUCAUUCUCAUUCAAGUGAUCAUGAAAAAACAAAGACUUCAUCAAGCUCAGCACAAUGGCCAAGAUUGAAGAAUCCAAGGAUUGUUAGAGUAUCUAAAGCCUUUGGAGGAAAAGAUAGGCAUAGCAAGGUUUGCACAAUAAGAGGGUUAAGAGACAGGCGUGUGAGGCUAUCAGUACCGACUGCCAUCCAACUCUACGAUCUGCAAGAUAGGCUAGGGCUCAGUCAACCUAGCAAGGUUAUUGAUUGGUUGCUCAAUGCAGCUAAGAAUGAAAUUGAUGAACUUCCACCACUACCCAAUAUUCCACAAGUGAAUAACUUCACCCUUGGUUAUCCAUCUGCUGUUACUUCAAAUGAAGCUAGCUCCUCUCAUUCUCAGCCUAAUGAACAACUGUUUAAUAUUAAUAGGAGCAUUCAGUAUUGGGAAGGUCCAAGCCAAAAUUCUUUAUGGAAAUUAAAGCCUAAAGUUUCAGGAGAAGUGAUUAGCACUGAAAAAGAAAAUUGGGCAAAUAGAAGUGUGGAGGAUAAGCAAGAAGCCAUUGAAGGUCCUAAUGCACAUGUUUUGCCAAACAAUCUCUUAUCAAGAGCAAACCAUCCUUCAUUCUUGGGCUUGCUAAAUACUAUGCCACAUGGUUACCAUUGGGAGCUUUCUAGUGGUGAUGUUUCUCAUCAGUUGGGAAACAAUGGAUUUACAAACCAAACAGACAUACACAAUACUAACAUUGUACCUUUCCCAUCAACAUUGUCUUUAUCAACUGGGAAUUCUCAAAUUCUGGUCUGUCCUCCAGGAGCAACACAACCAUAUUUCCCUUCACAUGUUACAGCAAUGGACAUGGAUCCCAGACAAAUCAACCACUAUCAGAUGUUGAAUUCAAGUUCUCAAAAUCCAUUGACAAAUUCUCUCAAUCAUUCCUUCUGCUUAGCUAUGAUGACUCAUAAGUCUCUCCAUUCAUCCAACAGCAGCAAAAGCCCAUCCCAAAAAGACCAAGAGUUCCCUCCCAAAUAAUACACAAAAUACAAAGUUUAUCUAAAUUCUACCCCCUCUCAAAAUAUGCUUGGAGCAUGAAGUCAGUGAGAAAGCUUCUUCAAUCAGAAGAUAUUCCGCGUUAUGGCAGGGUUUGAAUAAUCAUUUUGUUUGUGAAGCAUGUUUGGAUUUCCUUCUAUUUCUUUCCAUCUUAGGUAACCCUUAAAUUUCCCCCUUUUUUUUUUCCAUCUUAUAUUACAUGAAAUUAACGGUAUCAUGAAUGGCUUUCUAAGAGUGUAAGAGUUUUUCCUUCAAAGUGAUAAUGAGUUUCUUAACUAAGAGAAUACAAGUAGUGUAGAUCUUCUCACUUUCUCGUAUACAAUGAGAAUUGUCAUGCUUAGAGAACACAUGUACACAGCUUUCAGAAUGUAUGUCUUUUCUUUUUAUUAUUAUUUUUCAACCUUGUUUGUGUUGUUAUUCCAUGAGAAGAAAUAUAAGAAAAGACAAUGCCUAAUUUCUUGCUCAUGUGCGGUGGCCAGCACAUCAAGCAUAGGUUAUUGUCUCAAAACCAUGAAUGAGACUUUCCCCGCCAGUCACAAAAAGGUGACACAUGAAAAUUACAUUUCCCUGAAAUUAUUGCACAAAGCAAGGAAAUUCAAAGAGAAGAUUGGUCUGCAUGAAUAGGGAAUACUUUGAUAUUAAUCGCAUUAUGUAGUGCUACGUACUUUAAAGAAAACUGCAAAGACGAUAAGAUCAGUACUUACACCUUCUGUAUACUGUCGAGGAAUAAAGUUUAGGCAAUGCUAGUCUUUUCGAAAAAAGUCAACUUGCAUGAAAAUAGGAUGAAAGGAUAAAGUAUUAAGAAAAUAUGAUAUAAGUCAAAGGAUAAAAAACAGAAUACAUGACGUGUGUUAUGGCUAAGCAUUGCUUUCUUUAGAUUAUGGUGAAAAUAUGGUUUACAAAACCCCUUACCUUAGGUUAUUUCCACAAACAUUUGCUCUUUUGUUAUUUCAAAAUAGGUGAUUAUGUGACAGGUAUCACAUAAGUGCUCCU